CGGGCGGGGCGGACGGCGCCGCGGGGUUGGCUGCCGCCCUCAGGCCGGACUCAACGGAUUCGGGCCGCGCCACCGGGCGAGCUCGCCGCCCGGCCCCAGCCCGGAGCCAGCGAGCCAGCGGAGGCGGCGCCGCGCGAUUUGCUUGUCAAUGCAUCACGAAGAGGCAGCCCAGAAUGAAGAAAACAAGCAGGAGUGUUGGCUCCGUGCCUAAAGUGUCUGGGACAAGCAAAGCACAAGCAGCAGACAAAACGAAACCCGAAAGCAGCGCUGCCGCAUCUGCAGGAGGCAGACUCCCAAAGCCCGGAACCGCGGCGUCGCUGUCGAAGACCAAGAGCAGUGAUGACCUUUUAGCUGGGAUGGCUGGAGGGGUGACCGUGACUAAUGGUGUCAAAGGGAAGAAAAGCACCUGCCCUUCCGCAGCAGCAUCAGCACCUGCCCCUGCUGUGAGCACCGUGGAGAGCAGACCCAAGGCUAGCACAGGCAUGAGCUCUUCAACCAAGCGGAGCACUUCCACAGGUAAUAAAGAGUCCACUUCUACUAGAGAAAGAUUACGUGAACGCACCCGACUAAACCAGAGCAAAAAACUGCCUUCUGCAGGUCAGGGGGCUCAUGACGUGGCGUUGGCUAAACGCUCCCGCAGUCGUGCGGCUGUAGAAUGCGACGUCCGCAUGAGCAAGUCCAAAUCGGACAAUCAGAUCAGUGACAAAGCUGCUCUGGAAGCCAAAGUGAAGGAUCUUCUCACAUUGGCAAAAACCAAAGACGUGGAGAUUUUGCAUUUGAGGAAUGAACUCCGAGACAUGCGUGCUCAGCUGGGCAUUAACGAGGACCCUCCCGAGGGGGAUGAGAAGUCCGAGGAGAAGGAAGCCAUCGUUGCUCACCAGCCCACUGACGUCGAGUCCACUUUAUUGCAGUUACAGGAACAGAAUACUGCCAUCCGCGAGGAACUCAACCAGCUGAAAAAUGAAAACAGAAUGCUAAAGGACAGGUUGAACGCACUGGGCUUCUCCCUGGAGCAGAGGCUGGACCAUUCUGAAAAACUGUUUGGCUAUCAGUCCCUGAGCCCCGAGAUCACCCCUGGUAACCAGAGCGACGGAGGGGGGACUCUGACCUCCUCGGUGGAGGGCUCUGCCCCUGGGUCAGUGGAGGACCUCCUGAGCCAGGAUGAGAACACCCUCAUGGACCAUCAGCACAGCAAUUCUAUGGACAACCUGGACAGCGAGUGCAGCGAGGUGUACCAGCCCCUCACGUCCAGCGACGACGCCCUGGACGCACCGUCAUCCUCCGAGUCAGAAGGCGUUCCGAGCAUAGAGCGCUCUCGGAAGGGGAGCAGCGGGAACGCCAGCGAAGUGUCCGUGGCUUGCUUGACGGAACGGAUACACCAGAUGGAGGAGAACCAGCACAGUACGAGUGAGGAACUUCAGGCAACUCUGCAAGAGCUUGCCGACUUACAGCAGAUCACCCAGGAGCUGAACAGCGAAAACGAAAGGCUCGGGGAGGAGAAGGUGAUCCUCAUGGAGUCGUUAUGUCAGCAGAGCGAUAAGUUGGAACACUUUAGCCGACAGAUUGAAUAUUUCCGCUCCCUUCUCGACGAGCAUCACAUUUCCUACGUCAUAGACGAAGAUGUAAAAAGUGGACGCUACAUGGAACUGGAGCAGCGCUACAUGGAUCUCGCUGAGAACACCCGUUUUGAGCGAGAGCAGCUCCUUGGCGUCCAGCAGCAUUUGAGCAAUACUUUGAAGAUGGCUGAGCAAGACAACAAGGAGGCUCAGGAGAUGAUCGGGGCCCUCAAGGAGCGCAACCACCACAUGGAGCGCAUCGUUGAGUCUGAGCAGAAGGGCAAGGCAGCCUUGGCGGCCACGCUGGAGGAGUUCAAAGCCACAGUGGCCAGUGACCAGAUCGAGAUGAAUCGCCUGAAGGCCCAGCUGGAGAAUGAGAAGCAGAAAGUGGCGGAGCUGUACUCCAUCCAUAACUCUGGAGACAAGUCUGACAUUCAGGAUCUACUGGAGAGUGUCAGGCUGGACAAAGAGAAAGCAGAGACUCUGGCCAGUAGCCUGCAGGAAGAUCUGGCUCACACCCGGAAUGAUGCCAAUCGUUUGCAGGACACCAUCGCAAAGGUAGAAGAGGAAUACCGAGCCUUCCAAGAGGAAGCUAAGAAGCAAAUAGAAGAUCUAAAUAUGACAUUAGAAAAAUUAAGAUCAGAGCUGGAAGAAAAAGAGACAGAAAGGAGUGACAUGAAAGAAACGAUCUUUGAACUUGAAGACGAAGUGGAACAGCACCGGGCGGUGAAGCUUCACGACAACCUCAUCAUCUCUGACUUAGAGAAUACAGUUAAGAAACUCCAGGACCAAAAACAUGACAUGGAAAGAGAAAUCAAGACCCUCCACAGGCGACUUCGGGAAGAAUCAGCAGAAUGGCGGCAGUUUCAGGCUGAUCUCCAGACCGCGGUGGUCAUUGCAAAUGACAUUAAAUCUGAAGCCCAAGAGGAGAUUGGUGAUCUGAAGCGCCGGUUACAUGAGGCUCAAGAAAAAAAUGAGAAACUCACAAAAGAAUUGGAGGAAAUCAAGUCACGCAAGCAGGAGGAGGAGCGUGGCCGGGUGUAUAACUACAUGAAUGCUGUUGAGAGAGACCUGGCAGCCCUGAGGCAGGGGAUGGGGCUGAGUAGAAGGUCCUCGACUUCCUCCGAGCCGACCCCUACAGUGAAAACUCUCAUCAAGUCCUUCGACAGUGCGUCUCAAGUCCCCAGCCCGGCUGCAGCUGCAAUUCCUCGCACACCGCUGAGUCCAAGUCCCAUGAAAACGCCCCCUGCGGCAGCCGUCUCCCCCAUGCAGAGACAUUCCAUAAGUGGACCAAUCUCUGCAUCCAAACCUCUGACGACCCUGUCAGAUAAGAGACCAAACUACGGGGAAAUUCCUGUUCAAGAGCAUCUACUAAGAACAUCUUCGACCAGCCGACCUGCUUCUCUGCCAAGAGUACCUGCCAUGGAAAAUGCCAAGACCAUCUCAGUGUCCAGACGAAGCAGCGAAGAGAUGAAGCGAGACGUCUCCGCACCCGAGGGUGCGUCCCCUGCCUCGCUCAUGGCCAUGGGUGCCACGUCGCCACAGCUGUCCCUGUCCUCCUCCCCCACAGCCUCCGUGACCCCCACCACCCGAAGCCGGAUAAGGGAAGAAAGGAAGGACCCUCUCUCGGCACUGGCGAGAGAGUACGGAGGGUCCAAGAGGAACGCCUUGCUGAAGUGGUGUCAGGAGAAGACCGAAGGCUAUCAGAAUAUCGACAUCACCAACUUUAGCAGCAGCUGGAACGAUGGGCUGGCCUUCUGUGCCCUCCUGCACACGUACCUGCCCGCCCACAUUCCCUACCAGGAGCUCAACAGCCAGGAUAAGCGGAGGAACUUCACGCUGGCCUUCCAGGCUGCCGAGAGCGUUGGCAUCAAGUCCACACUGGACAUUAACGAGAUGGUGCGGACGGAGCGGCCGGACUGGCAGAACGUGAUGCUCUACGUGACGGCCAUCUACAAGUACUUCGAGACCUGAGCGCUGAGCCCGUGGUCACCCAGGACCCAGCGCCCUUCGCUCCGUGCCCGGCCAGCGUUCCGCGCCCCCGGCCGCCCUGCGGCGUGUGAGCCCCGCCCCUGGCGGGUGGGGGCCUCGGGGGCCGGGCUCCUCCAGGAGGCCUGUGCGUCCAGGGCCCCGCGCACAUGCUGACCUGCCUGAGAGAACAGGAGCCGUGAGCGCUGUGGCGGGAGGAGAGGCUCGCGCACGGCCCCACCUGGGGAAGGGGAAUUGUGCUUGCCCCCGAGAACCGGGGGGGGCGCGUACCUGACAGGCCCCUGCUGGCCUCCCGCGUGUCGGGGUGUCCUCGCCAGCGAUGCGGACCCGCGCCUCCCGCCCCCGCCCUCAGGCUCUGCUGACCUCCAGCUCCAGGGUCUCGGAAACCCAGGGCCAGCCUCAGGGUUCCGGCAAAGGAAUCUUCAUAAAGAGUUCUCUAGUUUAAAAAGUCUUGUUUCUUAUGAGCAAUAUUUAGGGGAAGUGGCUCCUAUUCUCUUAGUACCAAAGUUAAAUUGUUUUAGUAAGCGUAGCGAUAAAAUCUUGGCGUGAGGCGGUGAAAGCCAGGACCGACGUCGGGAGAAACAGGAGGAAAAGCGGAACAGGUUGAGGGGCCCAGAUGGUGUGAUUUCAGUCUCUGAGUCGCUCGGACGUGACCCUCCUGGUGGGGCUGGAAGAAAGUGCCUUAGCUCUGCGGGCGAGGCCGCGGCCGUCCCCUGGACGACCCUUAGCCCUUCUUCGGUGCAGGGAGCUGCUGCUGGUUCGAACGGCGUGGCGACCUGUUGCUUCCAGAACACACAUCCGCAGGAGGAGGAGCAGCGGCCGUCGCCCCCUGGAUGCGAAGAGGGGGCUCGGGGAGGCUGCCCGCCGGCCCGAGGCAGCGGCUCCGCGCAUGAGCGGGAGGUUCUAGGCCAGGGGUCGGACCAGAGGACGCUGUGAGACGGGCUGUGCGGCGGCCCCGGGGCGGGGAGAGCCCUCCUCCCUGACGGUGCUGUCCUUGCACCCGCUGCCCUGCGGGGCACCUGUGCCGUCAGCUGCGUGACUGUCGGGGAGAGUCAUUGCUUUUCGGUCCCUCUCCACUUGGUUUCUCUCGCGCCUGCCCUCGUGGUGGCCUGUGUGCCUGAUCUGUGGCCGUGUUUUUGUUUAUUUAUUAUGCUGGGGGGCUGUUUUGUCCAGUGAAGACUUUCCUGGGUCUGUGGUUCACACCACUGUCCUGCUGUGGGGCCUGGGGGUGGGGGGUCGCUGGCGUCCUCUGGAGGAGGAUGGGCACUGCUGACGGGCCGGCGUUGCCCAGCCUCGGGCCCCAGGGUCAGUGACGGGGCACCAGGGCUGCAGGGGGCGCCUCUGACAACGGGCCGUGUGGCCAGGCUGCCCAUGGUUUGCACAGGAUCCACAGCUGAGAAGGUUCCAGAAGCACGACUUUCUCUUUCCGGUAGGACCCUUGUGGCACUGUUGACUCUAAGGGGUGGUUCUGGACAGUCCUGUGUUCCUAGAAGUGAUGCUCUGAGGUGCUUGGGUCCAGCGGCACUUGGUGCGAAGCCUCCAGGAAGACACCCGCCUCCCCUUCCAGCACAGGCAUUACUGCGAAAGGACCAGUGUUGGUUUUCUCUCCGCCACGGGCUUCUGCUGACUGAUGAUACUUUUCAAUGUUGCUCUAUUAAAUAUUCUUGAAUGUAUUAAAGUUGUUGUAACACAUCAGGCUUGGGCUUUUCUGGGUCACUGAGAACAGGACCCUCGCCGCCUUCGGGGACUGGCUGUGGCCGGGAG